AUGCGGAUCUUUCUCCUUCCUCUGACAACGCGGCAAGCCCUGAUCUAUUGCCAACGCGCGGAACAAAAGACCACCGGCAAAGCGAGCAUAGCGGAUCGAAUCACCCGGAAAGCUGCUCAAAUAUGGUCGGACUGGGAGGCCGCAGAUAAAGGAUGGAAGAAACAGCUGGUGAAAUAUGGGAACCAGGGACUACAACGGAUACCCUACCAGGAAUGGGGCUUGAAAAGCUUCCCCCCUUCGAAUCCGAAGUUGCAGGCCGAAGAGAUUGCAGCGGGCAAGAAAUACGAUGUGCUCUACCCCGGGAAUAUUAUGCGAAAGGAUGAUGUGCCCAAGGUCAUGGGUCGACUCGCCCGGGAACGGAAGCAAUUGCAUUGGAAUCGCUUCAUCGGCAGUAUGGUCGCCAUGCCAUUCACCAUACCUUUCGCUCUUGUGCCUGUAAUACCAAACAUCCCCUUCUUCUACGCUGCAUAUAGGUGUUGGUCGCAUUGGAGAGCAUUGAAAGGUUCAGACCAUUUGGAUUUUAUCCUAGACAAUCGGCUUUAUAAGCUCACCUCGUCUCCUGAGAUUGAGGAACUCUACGAACAGGUUGCACCGGAUGCUCCUGACUUCACCUUUGUGACGCGGCUUCAGGUCCUUGACGGAAGUGCUCCGCCAGAACAGAUCCUCCUUCCUUCAGGCAGCCAUGGUCUCGUUGCCAAGGUGACGGGUGUCCCCGAGUUAAGUAACGAGGUCGAGCGCGCUUUGUGGCAGAUCCAUCGAGAAUUUGAGCGGGAGAAGGCGAAGCUUGCUCAAGCUGAACCUGGAAAGGACUCCAAUUCCUUGAACGAAAAGGCGGCAGACGCCAAAAUACUGGAGACCAGAAUAUCGGAGAAAGACAAUACGAAGCCGAAAGAGUCGGACAGAGGUGGUGCGGCAUGA